AUGUUCUGGCGUUUUGGGGGAUAUGCAAGUAUCUCCACCAUCGAUACCCUGCUCGACAAGCCCGAUGUGACCCUCGAGGACCUGCUGGAUGAACCGGAAAUCACCCAGGAACUGAAGCAGCAUAAUACGAAACUGAUAGAAUACCUGCGCGAGGAUCAUGUCUUGAAACGGCUUAUGGACUACGUGACCGCACCGAGUCUGGUGAAUGACGACGAAGAAAAUGACGACGAUACCAACGAGAAGCAGGUUGCUAAGGAUUCUGCCACCGAUGCUGGCGCAGAGGCCUCGACAGACGAACAGACAGAAAAGGAGCAAACUAAGACCGACUCCGAUCCCUUAAAGGAUGUCUUGGACCCGGAGGAUCUGGAAAAGGUCGAGAAGAACCGCAUCAAACAUGCCUACGUCGCGUGCGAGAUUCUCUCUUCAGAGACAUACUCAAUCUUGGAAUCGAUUAUGGAGAGCCCCAACUACCUCCGGGACUUCUGGGGCUUCCUGCGACGACCUCCACCUCUGGACUCUUUGCAGGCCAGCUACUUCACAAAAGUGAACGAGACCCUACUGGAUAAGAAGACCGAGGAGAUGCUUGAUUUGCUGAAAUCACUGGAUGGAAUUGUGGCUGCGCUUCUGCAGCAUGUCGAUAACCCGAUGGUCAUGGACCUGCUAUUGAAGAUAAUCAGCUUGGAAAAGGCCGAGGGUGGCCAGGGAACUGUGGACUGGCUGAAGUCUCAAGAUCUGAUUCCGACACUCCUUUCAUUCCUCACCCCUGAGUACCCAGGCUCCGUCCAGACAUCCGCAGGCGAUUUCCUGAAGGCCAUUAUCACCAUUUCUGCGAACGCGACCCCUAACGACCAGUCUUGCAUUGGGCCCAACAGCCUGACUCGCCAAUUAGUCUCGCCUAAGUGUGUUCAGCAGCUGAUCGAUGCUAUGCUGAUGGGCGGCAACCCGCUGACUGUUGGUGUGGGUAUCGUUAUUGAGGUGAUUCGCAAAAACAACUCCGACUACGAUCCAGAGCACCUGGGUGGCCCUGAUUCCAUGCCUACCCCUUACGAUCCAAUCUACCUCGGGCACCUACUCCGCUUGUUUGCCCAGCAUAUUCCUCAGUUCAUGGCUCUUAUACAAAGCUCCAAACAUGCUGUUCAUGACGGCACUCAACUGAAGAGUGUUGACCGUGGUCGGUUGAACUCCGCUUGGGGUGGUAAGAUUGAACCGCUCGGUUUUGAUCGUUUCAAGACCUGCGAGUUGAUGGCCGAGCUGCUGCACUGCAGUAACAUGGGCCUUUUGAACGAGCCUGGUAGUGACGAAUAUGUUCGGCAUCGAGACUCGGAGCGCGAGAAGUUGAUUCACGAUGGAUUCUUCAAUCCUCAUCGGGACGAGCACUCGGGAAUGGAUUAUAAUGAGACUACUGCCGAUUUCACCAAUGGAUCUAUGAUGGACACGGGGUCGCCAGAAGCUUCCAGAGUACGCGCAGGCGAAGAAGACGGGUUCGAAGAUGUCGGAUCUUCUGGUGUUCUGGAGACCCCGGAGACAAACCCUGAGUCGGCUUCGACUGAGAAGACUGAGGACCCAACCUCCACCGGCCUUGCGGAUCAGGUAUCUGAUAUCAAGCUUGCGCCGGAUACUCAAAAUGAGCAGGAAGUUUCUGCACAAGCCGAGGAGAAGGACCCAGUUUCUCCCAAGCCCGAGGAUGUUCCCCCACCUCUUUUCUCCCCCAAGAAGGAGGCCGCAGAGCCAGUCUCGAACUCCGAACGACAGGAAGUCCCCCCUCCUUCCGAAACUCCCGCUCAAGAAUCCGAAACCAUUAACGACGGCGGCGCCGAGGACCCUGCCGAACAAUACAUUCAGUAUGAUACUGAUGGACGUCCCGUGGUUGGAGACUUCCUCAAGAUCAUGUUUGUUGAGAAUAAGGUGGUUCCAACGAUACUCGGUUUCUUUUUCCGCUUCCCUUGGAAUAACUUCCUCCAUAAUGUCGUCUACGACGUGGUUCAGCAAGUCUUCAACGGCCCUAUGGAGCGUGGUUAUAACCGUGCUCUGGCUAUCAAUGUUUUCGAGACAGGCCAGAUCACCACUGCGAUUGUGGAAGGACAGAAGCGUAGUGAUGAAGCACAACGCACCAAGCAGAUCCGACUCGGUUACAUGGGACAUCUGACCCUUGUCGCUGAGGAAGUCGUGAAGUUCAGUGAACGUCACCCACCAGAGCUUCUGUCGCGGUCCGUGAUGGAGUCAGUGCUGAACCCCGAGUGGAUCGACUAUGUCGAACAGACCCUGUCUGAGACACGAGAGCGAGACAAUGCCAUCCUGGGUGGCGUUCGCCCGGACAUGUCCGUCGGAUCGCGCCAGACCGUUCUGGGCUCUGGUAGCUCUAACCAGGGAUUCACGAGCUCCAACGCUCUAGCUGAAGCAGGCUUGAAUGGAGGCAUCGGGGGCUCGACUUUCCAGGGCUUUGACAUUAACUCAGGAAGCGUUUCUGGGGGAGCAUUUGGGGCCGGUGGCGGCACAUCGCUUCUGAGUGGUUUUGCCAGCUCGAGCGAUGACGAAGAUGAAGAUAUGGAGGACCAGGAUGACAACACUAUCCAUGCCGAUCAAGGCGAUUCUGAGAAUGUAUCCGAAAAUUCAACAAGUCAACCAAUUCCCAUCAUCCCGCCUCCCCCUGCUCCCCUGAGCAUGGGACCCUCGAGAGCAAGGCGUCAAUUGGCUGCCCGUCUUGCUGCUCAAAAGCAGCAAGCCGAGAACCCCGAUGAAGAUGACAAUGGCAAGGGCGAAGAGAGUCGAGACUCGCAGUGGUCCGACAAUCCCUUUGUGAUCGCUGGCAUCGACGACGACGCGGAUGGAGUCGGCUCCUCAGCUUUCCCCAACACAGACUUCGGGACCGACGCGGCCCAAAACUUUUCUCCCACAUUCCCUGAGUCUGGCUUCAGUCCCCCAGACUCAUUGUCCGACAACUCCUCGGAUGAAGAUGGACACGGCCACUCCGAAUCCGUCCGGCGGCGAGACCGCGUCCCGCUGGAGGUUGACGAAGAUGACGACGAAAUGGGCGAGAUGGUCGCACCUUCCGCCACUGGCAUGAUCGACUCUGAUGACGAAGACGAAGCUAUAAUCAACGAAUCCCUCGGUUACUCAAACCACCCUGGUCAGAACCGGUACACUGGUUUUCGCCGGCCAAGGGCCGUGAGCUCCCACUUUGACGAUGAGCAAAACGACAGCAGCGACGGUGAAGAUGACGGACUAGUUGAGAUUCUCGUCCCUGGUCGAAAGUCCUCAACCUCCAACUAG